UUCCCCAUCCCAUUGGGCAAUUGCGCAUGAUUGUUGAGUUCAUCAAGUGCUCAAAGCUAAAUCAUGCCCAAGUAACAAUUGUGGCUGUCAUUGAUGGCUUUGUGUAUCUCUCAGUUGACUGUCAUGAGUAUGCUGAAUUUCAGAACUGUAGUAAUUCUCCAGAGUGGUUCUUAUCAUUAUGCCUGGAAACAGCAGAGCUGCAUCAGCUCUUUGAGGGCCCGUAUCGGAGUCAUAGUUGUGUCCGUCCCUAUGUAAUGCCGUGGCCUCCUUGUUUGGUACGUAGCAAGGAUGGUUCAGAAGAUGUGGGCAAAGGAGAACCUACUUCUAUCCUUAUCACAGCGUUGCAAUCUUUCAAAGAAGCUUUGAUUACUGAUGAUGAAGCAAAUAUUACUGAGACAAAGGCCUUUUUCUCUAUUGGGGUUAAGAACAGGUCUCUCGUCAGCAAAAUUGCCACUUUGGAUGCACGACUGACAAAUGCAAGAGAUCAUAUCUUGAGGAUAAGUGCUGACUCUGCUGAAUGCAAGAGACCAUGUCUUGACGAUGAUUGCUUCUUCUGCAUUCUAUCACAGGCUUACAGUUUAGAUGGACUAUGAAGUUAGAGUCAGCUGAACUUUACAUUUCUGGGAGGAUGCUUAAUAUUCGAAGGCUCAAGUUAGGUUUCGAGUCCUACAGAAUGAAGCAACCUAUCCUAUGGUGGGCAGUAAUUUUGUUUAGGCAUGCUGGUGCUUAUGAAUCGACAGCAGGGCUUGUCGAUCUACAGCGGGUGAUUGGAUUUGUGGCGUUGACAACUGACAAGUAAAGAGCAGCUGCACGGUUGUUUCCAGCCCGGCCCUUUGAGGGUGGGUUAACUUGCCUAUGCACUGUUAGUGUAAACCCUAUCUAGGUAGAUGUCAAACACUCAUGGUUAUGUGAACAACGCUGCUAUGUGUUGAAUGAUGGCUUCGUCUUUUGUGCAACUACAUUUGAACCAGGAGAUUGUAUCACUAUGUUGUAUUUUUCAAGUUUCACCUAUAAUAGAUUUGCAGCGUAUAUGGGUGUCAAUUUGUCCAACCUUUGGGUCCUAGAACUAUUGCGUUGUUUAGAUUACCAGGGCGCAGUUUAGUUUUGCCAUGAUAACUCUAGAAUUCUUCUUUUGUGAUGAAGUACUCGAGUUCUGACAUCAUUAACAAUAGGCUGUGAUUACCUGAGCUGGACAUCAUAUUUUUCUUCCUGAAUAUUAUGUGUCGGCAUAGUGGCGCAUGUUGGAGUGCCUCUCUUUUGAUAGCAUAGUGCAUUCUUAUUUUGUCCUAAGUCAAACCUGUUUCAGUCUGACCAAAUGUAUAGAAAAAAGUUUGAACACCUAAAACAUAAAAAAAAAAAAUAACAUUAGAUCCGUUGUCAAAUAUAUUCUCAUGGUAGAUAUUUGACACAUUUUCUUCUACAAAUAAAUUUGACUCAGGGCAAAAGUAGACCACACUAUAUACAGUCCCUCUGUUUCAAAAUGUCUCUGUCUCGAGUCAAACCUUGUUUGUUGGCAUGUAGGUAAAAGUUCUUGCAAGACUUUGACCACAACUCCGUACACGAUUUGAUACGGUUUGGGGUGACGAGUUUUGUCAGAGUAACGUAAACACAUUAGUACUAAUCAAAUUGUUUUAAAACAGAUAAUGUUUUAGAUAAUGUAAUAUUUGGUGCAAACCUUAUUUAACU